UUCAGUUUUCACCUUUGACUUUGGCUUGAACAUUUCACUCGAGCAGUUGUUUGGAGGCGUUCUAGUUCUUGGCACUUAUUAUUUUUUUAGCUCUAAACCAACCAGGAAUGGAGAAAGAAAAGUCUAUCAGUCGUGCUUGGUGCGAUGGAUGCUUUGACAUGGUUCACUUUGGACAUGCAAACUUCCUUCGACAGGCAUCCAAAAUGUGUGACGAGCUCUAUGUUGGAGUCCACAACGAUGAGGAGAUUGCAAAGAACAAAGGUCCACCUGUCAUGACCAUGGAGGAAAGAAUAACUAUGGUGGAAGGAAUCAAGUGGGUGAAAAAGGCUGUGCCGGAUUCCCCGUACAUCACCACCUUGCAUACUCUUGAGGAUCACAAAUGUGACUUUUGCAUUCACGGAGAUGAUGUAACACUUGAUGCUUCCGGCCAGGAUACAUACCGAUAUGUAAGAGAGGCGGGUCGCUUCAAGGAGUGUCCGCGUACGAAAGGUGUCUCCACAACCAACCUGGUGGGCAGAAUGUUGCUGUUGACAAAGGAGCACCAUCGACCAGCAACACCUACCCUUCAGUCCCAGUCACAGGAGAAGUCGCCAUACACGGGAACUUGUUCUGAUUCCAUAGACCUGACGGAUGAGGUACAGCGAGACUUUCUCCAAGGACGUGAACCCAAGGAGGGUGAUCGCGUUAUCUACGUCGCUGGAGCAUUCGACCUAUUCCACGCUGGUCAUGUGGAGUUUCUGCAGAAGGCAAGAGCCAUGGGUGACUUCCUGGUCGUUGGCCUUCACAGCGACACGGAUGUGAAUCGUUAUCUAGGCAAGAAUUAUCCCAUUGUUACACUGGUGGAACGAGCACUCAGUGUCGGAGCUUGUCGGUAUGUUGACAAACUGAUCUUUCCGGCUCCUUUCGUUGUGGACCAAGAGUUUCUGGACCAGGUUAAGCCAACCAAGAUUGUGCAUGGGCAACACUAUCGCGCAAGUUCAGAUCUGAGCAUGUAUGAGCUGCCAAAAAGACUAGGCAUUUAUGAAGAACUCAACAGCGGAAGCCCCUUGACAACAGAAAUUAUCAUGAGCCGGAUUAUAAAGAACAGGGGAGAGUUUGAGGAGCGCAAUCGCAAGAAGCAGCUGAAGGAGUUGAAUUACCUGGCUUCUUCGUAGUGUAGGGCACUCUGUGUGCGUUGUAGCUUGCAUGGAUCCCUGUGUCCGUAUGGUCUAUCAGAUACCGGUAGGUUGUUUGCUAGUUUAAUUCCCUUACAGAGAGGAAGAUGGAACAAAGAAAUAUCUUAUGCACUGAAAUGCGACAAAGAAAUUCUACAUGACUUCGUCACCUUGCUAAGUCAUAAGUAAGGUUCAUGGACUUACUUUUUUUAGUAGACUUUACCACUCUACUAUUCUACACUGAAAACAGGUUUUGAUCAGAUCGUGUUGCGCUUCAUUGCCGGCAACCAUAGACUUGCUUUUUCCCUACCCCUUUGCACAAUACACAUGUUUUGUAUUUUUUUAUUAGGUUCUGGUUAUUUCCGCAAGCUAUUCAACUCGCCGUGUCUUCUUUAGGUGUUGAAAAAUUCUAUUCGAAUGAUUUAUUGCUACCGCUUGUUUUCUGCUCGUGCAGCCGGGCAUGUGUGUAUAUGUGCUUUUCCGGCUGCUCGGUCUAACAUUCCUUGUGGUUAGUUUUUUUUUUUUUUUUUUUUUUUUUCUUCCACUACAUUGCACUGCUCUCGCUCUCCUAUGUCUGUGUGAAUGAUUUCCUUGGUGCUGUACCUUAGCUUGUGUGCAGCUGUGUGUUCCCCUGUACCUACCGGGUACCCCAGGGUAUGCUUAGACAUACUUCAAACAUUGAACUUUAUUGGAAUCCUUACAUUGGCUUUUUUUAAUAUCAUCAGAUUUGUCAUCUUUCUCCCGCUGUUCUUUAGAAAAUAAUUUAUCGUUAUCCGGAUAUGCAGCUGCAGGCAUCCGUGCCAUGUGUUUAUCGAUGGCUGUGUUUUUACUAGCUGUACGCCUUCUGGCUUUAUUUUUUUCCCAAUACACGUGUAAUUCCUUUC